UGUCUCCCUCUGCAGGCGACUUCGUGAUCCUGCUGAACGCUGGGAUGAGCAUCCAGCAGGCCCUGUUCUUCAACUUCCUCUCAGCCUGCUGCUGCUACCUGGGAAUGGCAUUCGGAAUUCUGGCCGGGAAUCAGUUCUCCCCAAACUGGAUCUUUGCCCUGGCCGGGGGGAUGUUCCUCUACAUCGCGCUGGCAGACAUGUUCCCGGAGAUGAACGAGGUGAGCCGGGAGGAGGAAGAGGCCGGAGGGAGCGGCUCUUUCGUCACCUUCAUCAUCCAGAACGCUGGCCUGCUGACGGGAUUCAGCAUCAUGCUGCUCCUGACCGUCUACUCAGGACAGAUCCAGCUGGGAUAGCGGCGGAUCGGGACUAAACCCGGUUCCUGCUGGACUAAACUGAACAUUUGAACCCCCCGGCCUGUAGGGGGCGCACCCAAAGAGUCGAGAGCGGCGGACUCGGGCGUCAGCUCUGAGUUAAAACUGAACUGUGCAGUUUUUGUUUUUGGAAAAAGACAAACUGGACCAGCUGGACUCGGUCUGGACCAAAACCUGGAACACAAACCAGCGAUUCGAACCAGUCCAGGAGCAGAGUACUAACCCUGGACUGGACCUGACCGGAACCCAGUCUAAAUGAGCCAGUUGACGUGCAGCAGACGGAUCAAACUGACCUGGAAUAUGCAUCUGCUUUAUUUUACUUCCGUUGUUCUACCAAAUCUUCCUUCGUUUGCUUUCUUUCUUCCUUUUUUUUCCCGUCUUUAUUCCGUACAGUGGCCUUGCCUGUCUUGUCAUCAUAAUUAUUAUUAAUGCAAAAGGAUGUUGUUUGUGUACGUGGCGUUGUGUCUAAGCUUUUAAACUCAUAAACUCAUAAACUUAUUUGAUUUUUUCACACCUGUUACCCCAAACCUCCACUAGUUACGUCUCGUUACGUCUCAUUAUGUCUCGUUACGUCUCAUUCCAUCUCAUUCGGUCUCUCUUUUUACACCAGGAGUAAAGCAGCAUAAAGUUAUCCAAAAGCAGUGUGUAAGACUGGUGGAGGAGAACAUGAUGCCUAAAUGCAUAAAAAAAACUGUGAUAAAAAAAACAACCAGGGUUAUUCCACCAAAUAUUAAAACAAUAUCGUUCAAAUUUUUCUGAACUUUUUUCUUGCAUUAUUUGAGGUCUGCAUCUUUU